UCCAGGUGAACCUCUAAUAGGGCUAUCAUGGAUCUACCCAAAGAAAGUCAAUGCGCUGUCCUGUGUGGCAUCAAAGACAUUAAAAUGGAACAACGACCGGUCCUUGCACCAGGACCAAACGAGGUUCUUCUUGCUGUCCACUCGGUGGGUAUAUGCGGAUCUGACCUGAAGUACUGGUCACAUGGAUACUGUGGCCGUUUCAAGCUGACCGAUCCCAUGGUCAUUGGUCACGAGGCAAGUGGCACGGUGGUGGCUCUCGGUCCAGGCGUCAAGCAUUUAGACGUAGGUGACCGUGUAGCGAUAGAGCCGGGCGUUCCAUGCCGGAUGUGUAGUCUGUGUCGGGUGGGGAAGUACAACCUAUGUAAGGACGUCCAAUUCUGUGCCACGCCCCCCGUUGAUGGGAACCUUUCUCAGUACUACCUCCAUGCAGCUGAUUUCUGUUUCAAACUUCCAUCCAAUGUGAGCUAUGAGGAGGGUGCGUUGGUUGAACCCCUUGCAGUGGCACUCUAUACCUGUAGCAGAGCAGAAGUGUCCCUUGGAUCAAAAGUGCUUAUAUGUGGAAGCGGUCCAGUGGGUAUACUCACAAUGCUUACUGCUAAAUCAAUGGGAGCAAGUCAAGUCAUUAUAACAGAUAUUGAUGAUCAUAGGCUGAGUGUAGCUAAGCAGUACGGUGCUGAUUGCAUUCUGAAUGUUAAGGGGUUGAGCAGUGAGGAGGCGGCAAAGAAGGUCGUUGACCUCUUAGGAGCCGAGCCACAUUGUGGUAUGGAAUGCUGUGGGUCAGAUAUAGCUCUACUCUCCUGUAUAUUAGCUUGUCGACCAGGCGGAAACAUCCUCUUGGUUGGAAGAGGGUCCUUGGAACCCAAACUUCCUGUCUCACUCAUAUCCACCAAAGAGUUGACACUGAAAGGAAUAUUCCGUUAUGCAAACAUGUACCCCAAGGCAAUCUCCAUGCUAUCGUCCGGUCAGAUGCCAAUCAAAGACCUCGUCACCCAUCGCUUCCACCUCAACCAAGUAGAUGACGCCUUCAACACAGCCAUAAGCCGUGAAUCUUGUGCCAUGAAGGUCAUGAUACAUGUUAGCUAACAUCAGAAGUACGCUAAAGUGUGGUUUAUCGAGUCACUGGUCAAGUUUCAGAUAUUUGAUUUAGCGCUCAAAUGCAUUGCUCACAUAUUCUAUAUUUUUAUACCUCUUUAUUUUGCUGAUUCCUGAUAUGGAUGAAAAAGAAAAGAUAGUAUGACAUCAAUAUUUGUUCAUUUCAAUAUAAAAUGAAUUUAAAUCAAAAUAUACUAUUGUACUGGGUGUAUUCCAUAUUGACAGUACUUACAUAGAGAAACUGCUUUUCUGUGAUAGCUUACAGCGAGUCGAAAACAUUAUUUGCACCAGCUACAUAUAGGUGGUUUGAAUAAAAAUGAAUAAAAACUGUUUUCGACUCGCCAUAGAACAAAUGUGACUGAGCAAUGGUACAAACCAAGGCACAUUUGUUGGGAACUGUCAGGAAUCAACUAGAACUUACCAGCACCAUCAGCUGGCUGUUAUUUGAUAGUGAUACGAGUUUUACAAGAAUCCUACUAAUCCCUCAACUGAAAUCAAAAUGUUUUCAAUUUUAGAAUGUGCUACAAAAUAUUGAAAGGAAUUUAGAGCAGUGAGCAGACUCAUUUAAUAUUGAUGGAGAUUCUCCUCUGGUGGUUUGCCUCCGCAGCGACAUGAACAUUUGGAAUGCUCUCUAUUCAUUAUAUAGGAUAUUCCUAUAAAAUUGCCUGCUUAUUCCAUCUCCAGUGUGGUCCAGUGGUUAGAGCAUUGGAUUCAUAAUCGCAAGGUUGUGAGUUCGAAUCCUCACUCUGCAAAACGCUAUCCUGCCAUGAUCCUACGGGAGUUACCAUAGACAGACAUAAACAGACAGUGUUACCAGGCAAGUAAUUCAGAAAAAAAGGACAGGAAAUCAAUUCACAAAGAGUAUUAAACUGUGUUGAUUAAAAACCAAGUUGCCUGCUUCAGACUUCAUUUUGAAUGAAGCACUAGCGUCCUUUGGCAAGGCGUUUAUCUACAUUUGCCACUCUCGACCCAGGUGUAGUAAAUGGGUACCCGGUAGGAAGGAAUUUUUUGAAUGCUCGAUGCGCCCGAUCAGGGUCCUGGUCUAAAAUAAUGGUUUGAAUUUCAUGGUCAUGCAACAUAUCGAUGGUUGACUUAUGCAGAGUUUACUGUAUGACCAAAAAAAACUACACAUAUAGAUGAGUAGUAAUGAUUUUCCAUACUGGUAUUUAGUACUGAAAAAUGUGAUGAAUACUGAUGGUUUCAUGCAAAAUAGUGAUUUAUAAAU